CCCCCAACGUCUCCAAACAAAGUCCUCAAUCCCAAUCAAUCCCCAAUUCGUUCACGCCUCCCCGGUCUCGCCGGCGCCGCCGCCUCCCUCCUCUCCGGCCGCCACCGUCACCGCCACUUCCCGUCCUAAAGGCCCCACCUCUCGUCACUCCCCACUCUCAAAUAAACAGAUCUACACAAAGCUCCCCUCCUUCUCCCGCUUGGGCGGCAGGGGCGGCGGCGGCGGCGCGAUGGGGAAGUCUGACUUCCUGACGCCGAAGGCGAUCGCGAACCGGAUCAAGGCGAAGGGUCUGCAGAAGCUGCGGUGGUACUGCCAGAUGUGCCAGAAGCAGUGCCGCGACGAGAACGGGUUCAAGUGCCACUGCAUGUCGGAGUCGCACCAGCGGCAGAUGCAGGUGUUCGGCAUGGCGCCCGAGCGCGUCGUGGAGGGCUUCUCCGAGGAGUUCCUCGAGACCUUCCUCGCCCUGAUCCGCCGCGCGCACCGCCACUCCCGCGUCGCCGCCACCGUCGUCUACAACGAGUACAUCGCCGACCGGCACCACGUCCACAUGAACUCCACCAGGUGGGCCACGCUCACCGAGUUCGUCAAGUUCCUGGGGCGCGAGGGCUACUGCAAGGUCGAGGACACGCCCAAGGGGUGGUUCAUGACCUACAUCGACCGUGACUCGGAGCAGGCCGUCAAGGCGCGCCUCAAGCGCAAGAGGAUCAAGUCAGACAUGGCUGAGGACGAGCGCCAGGAGCGCAUGAUCGCUCGCCAGAUCGAGCGUGCUCAGAAGUCCCUAGCCAAAGCCAAUGAUGGUGAUGAAGGUAAUGUUGCCGAGGGUGAGUCCGAAUCUGAGUCCGGCAGUGAAGAAGAUUAUUCAGGUUCGGAUGAUGAUGGAGAGGAACGGGAGGAUGACUCAAAAGAGGCCAACAAGGCAACAGGGAAGAUUGCGAUUGCUCUUCAGAAGUCUGUGCCAGGGCCGAAGGUUAAUCCUUUCGAGGAUAAGCCAAAGGUGAAUUUUGGUUUCGAUGAAGAGGACUCUGGUGUCCGAGAGAAGAAGGAUGAGGUGGACAAGAAGAAGGGGAAGGAUGUGAAAGCAGCAGAAGCAAGGAGGUCAGCAUUGGAUGAGCUUAUGAAGGAGGAGGAGAAGGCCAAGGAGAGGAGCAACAGAAAGGACUACUGGCUGUGCCCUGGGAUUGUGGUCAAGGUGAUGAGUAAGUCAUUGGCUGAGAAGGGGUACUACAAGCAGAAAGGGGUGGUGAAGAAAGUGAUUGAUAAAUAUGUUGGGGAGAUUGAGAUGUUGGAGAGCAAGCAUGUUCUCAGGGUCGACCAAGAUGAGCUUGAGACUGUGAUCCCUCAGAUUGGUGGGCUGGUGCGGAUUGUGAAUGGGGCUUAUCGGGGGUCGAAGGCUAGGUUGCUCUCAGUGGAUACAGAGAAAUUCUGUGCAAAAGUGCAGGUUGAGAAAGGCCUCUAUGAUGGGAAGAUUCUCAGGGCUGUCGAAUAUGAGGACAUUUGCAAGAUUUCCUCAUGAUAUGAUUCAUUUCAUUUCCUGGAUCAUCGCUGAAGCAAACAAGAGCCAUAUGAUCUAGGGUACUAGCUCUGUCACUUAGAUGCCUGACAGCGUCUGUGCUUGUUAUUACUCGUGAUGGAAUAUCUUCUGUUGAAGGGGUUCAAUGUGUUGAUGUUUCUAGUUCCAUGUAACUGCUGAAGGGCUAUGUGUGAGACAAUGGUGGUAUCAUGUGUGUUUCCUUGUUACUAAACCAGAAUACCUGUUAUUGGCAAUUUUGUAAUAUCUGGUUAACUUCUAUAUUGCUGUAUCUAGUGAAUCUUUCAGCAGAUAUUUUCUUGGUAUUUUGAGCA